AUGGACGACGGCACGGGUCACCUCAUACGCCCCUUUUCCGUCAUUGGUAUGGGUGCAUAUGGCACAGUCUUCAAGGCAUUUAGGCUGCCGAAGGAGUACGGAGACGAGGAGGAGAUGUGGCGCAGCCAUGCACAGGCCGUCGCGGUGAAGGAGACAGUCUUCACAGAGGUGGCAGACGACAUUACAGUUGUGCUGAAGGAAGUGUCGUACCUCAGUAAUCUUCAACACCCGAACAUUGUCUCGUAUUUUACCGCAUUUACAAACUCUGGUGUGACUCCUGUGGCACCGUCACCGGCAUCAACAAAUUCUAAAGGGAAUGAAGGAAUGAAGGCGUCCCCAAGCUUUUCCGCGGCGCCCUCCUUAUGUAUAGUGGAGGAGCUUGUAGAGGGAGCGUCUGUUGCGAAGGUGCUCAAGAUGACUGCGGAGGGACAACUUUCAAAUGUAAUGUCGGAGGUGGAUAUUGCUGCUGUACUGUACGAUGUUCUUCAAGCACUGCUUUACAUCCAUGAGGAAUGCCGUUUGGUUCAUCGCGACAUUAAACCACUGAAUAUGCUUAUGGAUUGUAAGACCGCUUCUGUGAAGUUAUGUGACUUUGGAACCUGUGCCGAUGUGAGCCAACAAGCCGGACGCUACACUGUCAUUGGUACCAUUGGCUGGAUCGCACCCGAAGUUCUUGACAGCGGUAUGAUGGACUGUCGCUCUGGGCACGUGACGUCCCACAGCUUCCCAUCGGAUGUGUGGUCGCUUGGCGUCUCCGCGCUUGAAAUGGCACUGCCGAACAUUCGAAAAACGGCCUUGUCUGAAUAUAUCAAGGAUGUCAGUGCCUCAUCGUGCUCGGCUCAGCGAACGUUGGAGUCCUCACGCAAGAGUGUUCUGCCCAUGAAAAUCUCUUCGGAGCGUCUACGUGACUUCAUCGCCUGCUGCCUUCGGAAGGAUCCGCUGGUACGAUCAACGGUUCGCCAGUUAUUAGCACACCCGCUCAUUGUGGGAAGCGGGGUGGCCAGCGCGCAAAAAAGACAGAAGAGAAUAGGAGCCAUCCUUGACGCGGUGAAAGCAGCCAACAAGUCAAAUCAAGAAUUGAAUGAAAAAAUGAACGACGACGCUAUUGUUUUGCCCCAAUACGCCCACUCAACGCUUAAGAAAAAUCGAUGCAUGGAAGCCAUAGCAGCGAUUAAAAGGGAAUUUUUUGCCGCCCAGGCACCUCUUUCAGAGAAGUCUCGCGUCUCACACUACGCAUGGUGCUUGCCAGAGCACAUUGCCCGUAUGUCAUCGUCAGACGAAUACCGCUACAUGCCAACUCCCUUGAGACAGCAAGGGCUUGGUCAAGUGCCUUCCGUUCACAACCCACAGGGAAAUGCACGAAGCACGGCGCCACUCAAGCCUAUCUUUGACUCUGUUGUUCUACCAGCCACAGUAGAUUCACAACGUGUGGUGCUAAGUCUCAUACGUAAGUAUCGCAAGCUUGCCGGGGCAAACACGGCGGAUGGAUGGACAGAAGUUGAUAGGCGGAACGAGGCAUGCUACGCAUUAGACGAGUUGGCCUGCCAGAACUUAAAGCAUGAGAGAUUUAUUCGGUUGCACGAUGAUCUGCUACGCACUUUUAAGGCCACGUGUAUGGCGAUUCCCGACUUUGCAGCGAGUUUUCUUUCUAACUUUACGCAGUCCUUAACGGUUUCGGAUGACGAUACGCAGAACCUACGACAGUUCAUUGCCUACAUUUUCCAGCUGCAGAAGGAAAAUCUCAUGCACACCCAUCGUACUCAAUUGGAGACACCGGACUUUAAGGCGACGGCAUUCAAGAGCUCUGCAGACGCUUUUGCCCGAAGUUUGCAGCCGAUGAACUUUGUGUCCGCAGAGGAUUUACUGCGAUUUCCGCAUAUGCCGCAGUCAGCGGGAUUCAUGAAUGCGAGUAAUCUUGGAGAUGACGCAGCUACUGGUACAAUGCGGCAACAACAACCCCUAGUCAAUCCUUCGGCGUAUUUGUUUAACACCUGGCUGAGGCGAAAGCGGGCCGAUAUAUUAGGUCCCUCAUGA